GGGAAGUCUGAAUGCAUUAGACACACUCACACUUUCCAGAGGCUUUCAUCAUCAGAAGAGGCUCUCUGAGAGCUCUGAAUCACCAGCCCCAGAGAGGAAAGACCAGCCAGUUUGUGCAACAUCAGUCACAGAGAUAAAGCGCAGAUCACACAACCCAAGGGCGAAGGGAUACAUCCCAUUCUUUUUGUUUGAGAUAACGAUCAGAAAAAAGUCAAGCUGGCAGGAGACGAGAUAAAAAGCUUGUUGGAGGAGGGAGAGGCCGAUGAGGAGCAGGCCAACGGAGGACCAGCAGGAGGCAGGGAGUCCCGCGGCCCACUUGGCACGAUAGUGCGCGUUGAACUGGAGUGGGAGAUCCCCAUGUCGGUGACGCUGCCCAUCCAAGUGCAGCCCGACCCGGCACACCAGCCGUUCCCAUUCCUGGACACGACGCUGGCCGACCUCGGCAUCCAAGAGUCAGAGGUGAAGGAGAGGACGGUGUGGGUCGACACCAAGAAGACUCAGGUUAAGAACAAGGCAGGGAAGCUGAAGGAGAAAGAGAUCACCAUCCUCGAGGUGAGAGUGAAAGCCCAGAAGCCUGGAGACAAACAGCUCCAGGAAAUCCUUUACAGCACCGAGGCGCACACCGACCGCUCCUUCUGUCGCACGGGAAUGAACAUCCUGCCCUGGAAACACAGAUCCACAGAGGAGAACGGACUGACACCGGUGGAGAUGACCAUGGCGUUGGACAUGGCAAAACAGCAGCCUAACUUUACCGAGGACCAGGGACAACGGGAGAUCUGAGGAGCAACAAAGAGCCACCAUCAUCCAAAACAAGAGUGUAAUUUAAUGUGAAUCAACAAGCUAGCCAUUUAUGCUAACGUAAAUGUUCAACUAGUCCACGGCAAAGCACUUUUUUUAAACUCUAUUUAGAUUCUAAGAUGCUAAGUUUGCACUUAUUCAGAGGAUUCAAAGUGUCUUCAGUUUCUCUUUCUACUAUACAGUGAGGCGAGGUUGAAUGGCUUGACAUUUAACUGCACGGAGAAACUUUGCCAGCUUUGUAGCAUUUGUAAAAAAGCUCUUGCACUUGUCAGAUAUGUGUACUGCUGAAUAGUUUUUAAUAUGCUGAGCAGAAAUAGCACCAACAGAGAUGGACAGAAGCAUUAACAGAGUGUGUUGAGGGUAAAGUAAGUGGGCCUAUUAGCUCAGUAUGUCCAGUUAGUCUGUGACCUCUGGGGGUUCUCACUAUUUCUGCCAGAGUUCACACAACACACAGCUGCAGGGUCAGCCCAUUAGAGAAAAAGCCCUUUGUAAGCAGCAGAUAGAUCUCUGAGUUAAGGCCACGCCGGGAGAGAACGCAUAGCAAUCAAAAGUUUAAAGUCCACUGACUUACACUGGGAGAUUUGAACAAAAAAUACAUUUAUCAGGAGAUCAAAUUCAUUGCUUCACACUCAGAGAGCAAAGCCAGAAGUUUGUCCAAACAGUGGCAGAUGGAGACAGUAGCACUUUACAGGAAGAACAGGGAAACAAAACACAACACAGGAUGGUUAAACCGGAACUCUUAAAAUAAUCAACAUAGCAUAAGUAAAUAAAUUAAAAGUUAAUACUCAAGGGGCAAAACUGCCGAAUGUGAUAAUAACUAGUAGAAUGGUUGAAGUGCUGUAUUUAGAUCAUUUUUUUUUGGGAAACAACU